AUGAAGGUGAGGCUGAACUCUUUGUGUUGGGGAAUCCUGCCUUGUGUCCAGGGAAGGAAUCCCAUCCUGGACUCCCACUCCCCACUCUUUGAACAGGGAUCACCCUCCCUUCUUCAUCCCCUCACUCCCCAAGGACAGGAAACUCCCUCCCUCUGGGCCAGCCUUCUGCCUGGGAGAAUUCCUCAUCUGAGGAAUUUUCAAGGGGCCAUAUCCCUUUCACAAGCGGAAGCAAAGGGGCAACUGAGGCUUGUGUGCAGGGACCAGCAGGGACGUGAGGCCCUGGUUCCAUCUGUCUCCAUUUCCAUGAUCCAUCCCUGUCAUGGCUACACUUUGGUCAUGGAGCCAUUAAGUUCCUUUUCCCCUCUAAACCGAUUUAAGUUGGGCUUCUGA